GAUUUAGGAUAUUUCAAUUGUUGGUGAGUGAAUUCUUCGAUGCAUACUCUGCAAGUGACACGAUUUAACAAUCUUAAACAAAAUAUUUGAAGAUGCCAGCCAAUUUGAAGAUCAUGUUCGUUGAAAUAGUUUUUGUCAUUGCUGGAUAUUCAAUUGUUUCAAGUGUUCCUAUUGUAUCUGAGAAAAAUAUUUGCAAUGAAUGCGAACCUCUCAUUGAGGAUGGCAACACAGCAAGCUUUUCAGUCAUACUAAUGACAUCAAUGCCAACUCUGCACCAAAGCCGAAAACCAACGUCAAAAGCCGAAGAUGAUGACGAAGAUAAGGAUGACAAUGAAGAUAAGGAUGACAAUGAAGAUAAGGAUGACAAUGAAGAUAAGGAUGAUAAUGAAGAUGAUGAUGACAAUGAAGAUGAUGAUGAAAGCGAUGAUGACAGUAACGAGGAGAGUGACGGGAUAAUUGACAAGCAAAAAAAUUAGUAAUGCUGCCAAAAAAACUGUUAUAUCUUAGCAAUAGAGAAACGCUAAAGUUGUUUUAUAAAGUUUUGAUGUUUUGAAAACAAUGCUUGCAUGAGAAUUUUGUUUUUGUUAGAAGAAUUAUAUGAGAUUCACUUUCAUAGAAGCUGUCCUGCGCAGUAAACAGGAAAAAUAAGUUUUACAUAUUACAUUAAUUUAGCAUAGGCUUUUGAUAAAUCUAUAAAGUUCAUUGUCACAUAAAUUUGAAUACAGCAAGGUAAAAUGUUUAAAAA